ACCAACCAUCCAUACUCAUAUUUCCACCUUUACCUCCGUCUCCCAUAAUAUUUUUUUACUUACGUAUCAAACACAACAAAAAUAAAUAAACACACCCUCAAAGUCAACACUUUGACAUAAAGAGUAAUGGAAGAAUCUCUCAUCUCUAGUACAUUUUUUAAAAAAAUAAAGGGCUUAGAUUAACUCUCACACACACACCAUUUUUCUAUAUAUUUAUCUCUUCAUUUCAUUUAUUUCUACUUCUUCCCUUCCAAUUUCUCUACAAAAAAAAUAGAUUAUAUCAUAAAAAAAUUAAUCUUUUGUAAAGAAGAAUAUGAUAGGUAACAUGAGAAGAACAACAAGCACAACAAGGAUCACCGUUGAUGUGAUGAACAAUGGAGAAGGAAAACCGUUUGAUCUUGAUCUUGGUACUAAUUAUGGAUUUUAUGGUCAUGAUCAUCAACACGUGUCAUCAAAAUAUCACCAUAGAAGUUCAAGUUAUCAAGGUUUUCAUCAUCAAAUAGAAGAAAAAUCUCAUUUCUUGACAACUUGUGGACUUUGUAACCAUCGAUUGACACCUUCUCGUGAUAUCUACAUGUAUAGGGGUGAUACAGCAUUCUGUAGUAUGGAGUGUAGGGAACAACAAAUGAAAAGUGAUAAAAGAAAAGAGAAAUUAAAGCUUCUUGUCCUUAAAAAGAAGACUGAAAAUUAUCAAAAUUACUCAGAAUUGCCCUUUGCUAACUCUGAAAAUUCUGGCAAGACUAAAACUAUUGUAGCAGCUUGAAGGGUAAUUUUGGAAAAAGAAAAAAGAGAAGAGAAGAAAAUGAUGUGUAUUUAUUUAUAUUUAAGUAGAAAAGAAAUAACUAAUUUGUAUAUAUCAGUGUAAUUUAACUUGCUAUCAAAUGUUUAUUGUGUUUUUUUUCAGGUAAAA